AUCAUCGGCUACACAUUCACCUACACGAAACGGCAAUAAAUUAAUUAACCGCUAAUUUAUAUAAUUUCUCGGUUGGAAAAUUAACGCCUUUGAAAAGCUGAUCCGCUCGGUAACUUGGAACAAAUGUCUAUACAUUUUUUCGCUUUCAAACGUCGUCGUACAUUCGUCGUCCGCGUCCGCGUUUCGAAUAUAUACUACUCGUAUUCUUGGGAAGAAAUGCGCAAGCUCAAAAGCUGCUGAUUGUGCAUACACCACCAUCCUCGUAACCAUGUGCACCACCGAGAGAGAUUCAACAUACGGUUUAAAUUAUUUGAUUCGGAACGCAUUCAUAACGCGUAGAGCCGUUUAGAUAAAAGGUGUCGUAUUCUAUUCAUCGCUUCAGCUUCUUCGUUACUUCAGGAUUAGGCAUUUUUUAUUUCGCUCAUCGAAUAGCUCUCGCUGUAAUUUAUUGUAACUCUGGAUAUAUUCUCGUACACAUGAAGUAGCAUCGCUAAAAUCCCCGUCAUCGUAUUGUUUUCGUUCGGUGUUGUAUGCUUAAUAAACGGCAACCUGGUCUACAGUUAGAGUUCAUAUUGCAAGGUGGUUCACUUCGGAAUACACAGACGAGUGAGUUUACUAGACUUAAGACAGACGAAAUAAACAUGAUUGGGGCAAUGCCCGCGGUGGCUGUUCGCCAUGAAAGACGUCGCCAAGAGAAACGUAACAAAAGACCGAGUCUGUUAUAUUUACAAUCUACUCAAUCGAGAUCCACCAGUCCAUCACCAGUCCAAUCUUCACCCGGUUUAUACUCGGCUCCUCAGCUGGAAAUAUAUAUUUUAGGAAAAAUAUCGCUACUGCAUAUCGCUGUUGUUACAAUGUUGGCCGGAGCUGUAACCUUAUUCGUAGGUUUAGUACAAUUGAAACCCGGCGCCGAAGCUUCGCAGUAUCGUUACGUGCUAAUAGGUAGCGGUCUGCUUUGUACUCUGCUAGGUACAAUUCUGGCAGUCAUCCGAUGCUGUCUUCUGCCCUGGGUGGCCAGAAGACGCGAACAACAAAGAACAGAUCGUCGCAAACAGCGCGAAAGUCGAGCUCGCGAAAGAGCCAGUCCGUCCAAGACGAGCAGUGAUAAUAAAAUCGAAGAGUCGUCUUCAGCAACAGCAGCAGCACCAACACCAGCAUCAGCACCAGCACAACUUCCAACAUCCACAGCCCCAACAACGACCGCUCAAAAUGCUGCCAAUACUAGCGGUAUGGCCAUCGGAAGUAGCGUGUAAAAUAUCGACUGCUGCGGUGGUUUGGUUUGGUUUUCUUACGUCUUUGUUGAAAAAUCGCAGCUUUGCUGCCACGAUGGUUAGGAUCAUGGCUAUUGCCAGGUUCGACUUUUUUUUCCUCUUCUGGAUUCUAUGGAUUAGCCAAUGAUGGCUAUUUUCCUCUUAAUAAAGUCGAGGGUUCCAACAAUCAGGGUAAUUUAUCACUACUGCAAUUAACGGCCAGCCGGAAAAUGCGUUCAACGAAGUUCAUUAAUGUUCGUUAAGUACUACCUUUGAAUAUAUAAUAUAUACAGUGUGUCGUUAUAUUGUAAUAAUACGUACGUAACAACGUUGUGUUGUGUGAGGUAUUUUCGAAAAAUUCCACCCGACAAUGGCAACCUUUUUCCCUCUUUUUUUUUUUAGGCAGGCUUGAUAUUUUUUUAAAAAAGUGUUAGCGCUUUGAUACUCUUCUCUCGUUAGAUAUAAUAGAGCUUUUUUUUUGAUGGCUUUUUAUACAUUUAGAUAGUUUUAUAUAGUCCGCUGCUCUCUAUGAUCGUUCAUUUUUGCCCCCCUCAUCCCCUGCUCCCUUGACUUUUUUGUAUCCUUUAGUUUAGUAUACGGUCUAUAAAGCAGUACAAAUAGGUAAGUAGCUAGUUUGAGAAGAAAAACACGCCCUAAAAUGUGAGACUCUACAUCUUGGAUUAUGUUCUACCUCUUCAAGUAUAGGUAGAUGUAUGUAGAAAAAAAUAUCCUAUCCCCAGAGCGUACUUAUUUUUCAUAUUCACCGAUUGAUGCGGUUAACUAAAAAUAGGUAAGAAAAGAAACCGAGUUAACGAGUUUCUUAUUUUCUUCCUGGUUCGUCGACGUUUUUAUUAGAAACUGUUUCACUUAUGUGUAUUAUAAGAUGAAGAAAAUAGGUACCUAUUCGCAGCAGUGUGCGUAAUUCAUUUAAUCUGGCGCACUUUUCCUCGUAUUCCAAACAAACACAUCAACUAAUACGAUUUUAAAGCACUCGUCGUCACGUUCGAAUGAUUUUUUUUUCGCUCUUCGUCUCUCUCAGUCUGCAGUUCGAACGAAUUAUUUGUAUAGUUGCUAAAUCUGUGAGCUCGGUGUUUGUCCCAUUUUUCGUCUCGCAGUAAUUUUCGCACGACUGAUUUUCCACAUUUUUGGGAAAAUACGAGUAGGAAUAGUUUUUUAGGCUGUAUUUGGGCUUCUUUUUUUUUUGUGGAGAAAAAGUGCAAGGAGGAUUCAUUUAUUGUUGUGGGUAGGGUUGGUUAUUUAACGUGGGUGGUUGAUUAACGUCCUCCAGAAUGGUGAUAAAUGUUGUGCUGUUUGUAGAGGGAACGUUUAUGUUUCGGUUCUGGAUGAUUUGGUUUUUGGUUCGUGACGAUUUGAUGAUUGUUUUUUUUCUCUCACGUUGAUGAGAGAUAGAGGGAGGGGGACUCGUACUUAUUUGACAAGAAGACCUCCUUGAAGUGUUCUAUUUGAACAAGACUGUAAUUUUUGGAGAGACCAUGGUUUCAAACCUUCGUGACCGAAAUUUCAGCUUCCUGAAUCGAUUCCUUGAUUUUUGACGAAUUUUUGAAAAUUCAGAAUUGACCAUUUUGGCUUUGGUGGUUUAUGUUUUUUUCAGGGGGGGGGGAGGUUCUUAUUUUGUAAAAAUGGUGGAAAUUGCCGAAAUUGGUCCUGAAACUGAGACAAACUCCCUGGAACCGAAUCUUCUGAAUGUUCUGAAGCCUCCAGUAUGUGCGAUUCCAUGUCUCGUAGAGAAAUUAUUUUUAGAGUUUUGAAGAAAUCGAAAACCUCGCUGGAGCCUCCAGAUCGGCUCAAAAUUGUGAAAUUACCCUCAUAGAAAAUCACUACUAGCGACUUCAAAAAAUUACUAGCGUUUCUGAAAAAGUUACUAGUGAUACCAAAAACGUUACUAGCGCUUGUACUGACGCUAGUAGCGACCAACUCGACACUACUAGCGACCAGCUCCACACUACUAGCAACCUCCUCGACACUACUAGCGACCAGCUCCACACUACUAGCGACCAGCUUGACACUACUAGCGACCAGCUUGACGCUACUAGCGACUGACUCAGCGCUACUAGCGAUCAGCUUGGCACUACUAGCGCCUGUCUCAACAUUACUAGUGAAUGAUUUAAUACUACAUACUAAUGACCAAGCCGACACUAGUAACGAUUAAACUGACGCUACUAACAGCUAUGGCAGGUACCUACAAUUAGUGAAAAAUUAAAAUUAAAGAAUUCCCAAAAACCAUGUUUUUUUUUGAAAUUAUGAAUUAUUGAAAAGUUUCCGCUUGGGCCAGAUCAUUUUCCUUUUUCUUUCUCCGACCAAAAUUAGAUAGUAGCAAAAUUGACUUCUCACAUCACAAAUAAUGCGAUUUUGCCGACUUUUCUUAAGAAAAGUGGAGUACUGUAUUUGUUGCGAUGGUGGAAGUUGGGUCGGGGAGUGACUUUUCUUUACGUUUUGAGGGUCUGGGAUCACGAUACGACUAUUCCCAAAAAUUCAGGUUUCCUUAUAUAAGGUUUAUAUAUAUAGGUAUUAGUAUCCAGACUUGUCAACUAAUCAAUGGGUUAAUUUUACUAUACAAGUCAACUAUGAGUUUUCAGAAACUUCCACCAGAGGGCGCAUGGCUUAGAAAUCAAGGCGCGAGGAUGAACGCAGGGUCUACAGUCAAUUUGUAGUAAGUAGAAUGUGAUGCGCUGGUGGAUAUGUAUGCAAAUACAUCGAUCCUGAGUGUACACGACAACAAAUUUGACUUGAAAUUUUUCAGUAUUUUAUUGACCCAUGGAAAAAUUAAAAACAUCAAAAAUUGUUAUGGUGUCCAAGCUUUCUUGUGGUGUCUUAACUUUUUUUAAAUUCAAAUUAUUU